GAUUUUUAAAGGUCGAGUAAUAGAAACAGUUAUCCGAAGUGUCCUUUUCAAUUUUCCUAUCAGUUUCGGUUUUAUUUUUAAUAUUCCUACCAUCACAGCGAUUUCACCGGUGAUUAAUUAGUUUUUCAAUAUUGUGGAUUCAAAUACGAAUCAAUGAAAGAAAAAAAGCCAAGUUACUACAGAGGUGAUUUUAGUAAACCUCUUAAAUUGGUUACAAUUGGCCAAACAAUCGAACAAGCUGCCCAUGAACAUGCCAAUGAGACGGCCAUUCUGAUACACGGAGGACAAAGAUUAACCUAUGCACAAGUCUUGGAAAAGGUUGACACAUUGGCCGCAGCCUUAAUGAAUUUGGGCUUGAAACGAGGCGACCAUGUGGUCAUUUGGGGAUUCAAUACUAUCGAGUGGUAUUUAUCAUUUUUGGCUGCAUUUAGAGCUGGAAUUGUUGUGGUGAAUUUGAACCCACUAUUUGAAGCUCCGGAAGUUUUAGCUUGUUUGAAUACGGGUGAUGUGAAAGCUAUAAUCAUGGAUGAACAGCAUAAUGGUCGUAAUUUCUACGAUAUUUUGAAAAACGCCAUACCAGACAUUCGAGAACACGAUUAUGAUACCCAUAUCACCACCAAAAAUGCCCCGUUACUCAGAACUGUGGUGAUGUUCAGUGAAACGGCCUACAAAGGUGUCUUCAGAUGGAUAGAUUUAUUCGCCACAGUGACCAAAGAACAAUUACAAAAUAUCAGGAAUACUCAGAAGGACAUCAGCCCUUUUGAUAUUUGCAACAUUCAGUUCACUUCGGGAACCACCGGUAAACCAAAGGGGGUUUUACUACGGCAUUACGGUAUUGUAAAUAAUGCUACAUCUGCAGGACAUCGCUUAGAACUGUUCAAAAAAAGAGCACAAAUCUUAUGUCAAGUGCCAUUUUUCCAUGCAUAUGGAAUGGUUGCCGGAGUUUUUGCAUCCAUUGUAACAGGAUCUACAAUUGUUGUCGCAAGUGUCAAAUUUAGCCCAAAUAAAUCCGUAGACUCGAUUAUCACAGACAGAUGCACUGUGGUUUAUGGUACUCCAACAAUGUUCAUUGAUCUUAUCACGAUAGUGAAAAAUAGAGCUUCAAAUGAUCCCCAAAUAUACAAAAAAAUAUCCUCAGUUGAGCGAUUCUUCAGUGCAGGAGCAUUAAUUUUGCCGGGCACAAUCGUGCAAAUGAAAACAUUAUUCAAAAAAUCUACAUUUUCGUGUUGUUACGGUAUGACAGAAACUGGUGGAUCUAUAUUCAUAUCAUUACCAGAUGAUCCUGAUGAAGUUCAACACACUACUGUUGGCCACACUUUGGACCAUGUAGAAGUCAAAGUUGUUGAUGAUAACAAUAAAUUAGUUCCAUUUGGCCAGCCAGGAGAAAUGUGCUUCAGAGGAUACAUGGUAAUGAAAGAGUACUACAAAGAACCAGAAAAAACAAAGGCAGCAUUAUCAGAAGAUGGGUGGUUUCACAGUGGAGAUAGGUUUGUUUUGAUGGAAAAUGGAUAUGCUCAAAUUAUAGGUCGUAUCAAAGAUAUAAUUAUCAGGGGAGGAGAAAAUAUUCAACCCAGUGAAAUAGAAAGUGUAAUAAUCAAACAUCCUGAUGUUAUUGAUGUCCAAGUAUAUGGAGUAACUGAUGCUAGACUGGGUGAAAAAGUAGCAGCAGCUAUAAUUAAAACAGAAAAUUCAAAGUUGAGUGAAUUCGAUGUGAAACAAUAUUGUAAAGGGAAUAUUGCAUCUUAUAAAAUUCCAGAAUACAUAUUUUUUUGUGAAAAUUAUCCAAAAACUGCUUCUGGAAAAAUACAAAAGGUGAAACUGAGAGAAAUUACUGAAAAACAACUCCAAGAUGAAAUAAUAAAAACAAUAAAUUAGAUACAAUAAUGUAGUUUAUCACUAUUCCAUAAAUUUCCGUUUGCUCAAAUGUAAUAAAAUUAAAUUAAAUAAAAAACUGAAAUUUAAUGUAAA